AACAAGAAUCUGGGUCCUAAAAGAUACCCCCAUAAGUGCCCACUUAAGUUGCCGGGAGAAAAGACAAACCAAAAUAAAAACCCACGCCAACUUAUAAUAUGGAGCUAAAAGCAAUUGGAGCAAAUCAAAGGGGAGAACACAGGAUAAAAUACUUCAUUUGUAUCAGACUCAAAGAGUAAGAGCUAAACCGUGGUCAAGAACUUCCAGCAUCUCUCAUGCCAAAUGGAGCACCUGGGUCAGCUGCUCUUAAAUAUCCCCUGUGCCAGCACAACUGACUAAUGAGGCAACAGGUGAAACACAUCCUGAACAACGAGGAUGAUUCCAAUCAGGUCAAACCCAAACAGAACCAUCCUCGAAAAAAAAUGAGCACAACCCCAAAACCUAUAACACUCCUGUAAUAUGUUUCUGGAGUUAAACUGUAGACCUGACAAUAAUAUAUUUUCCCUUAGUACCUCCUGCUCCAGACCAGCUGACUGUUGACUCACUGGACACCACAUCAGCUGCUGUUAGCUGGAACCAGCCACCAGGAUUGGACCAAACCCAACAUCAUUACCAGAUCUCCUACCACUGUCCAGGGACAGAACCACACAUCACUACCACAUCUUCACCCAGCAUCACUCUCUCUGACCUGCAAGGUGGUACUCAGUACUCUGUCUCUGUCUGUACUGUGCUGGAAGAUGGAAGGAAAAGUCAACUGGUGUUAACAACCCUCACCACAAGAUCCUAUCUGAUGGAGCUGUUGUCAAAGGCUGGACUAGAAGAUCAUUAUGAAAACAAGCUGACAUUAAGUACUGUCCUUGAGAUAAAUGCUGAUACUACAUCAGAUGAACCUCUUACCACUAUGCAGUCACUUCCAGGGGCCUUCCUGAAGAAGUUAAUGAUGGCAAAUCUGAAUGCUAGGAGUGUCAAAUGUCUGACCACUGAUGCAGAAGUUUCAUUUCCGGGUACAGACCGUUUUGAGAAUCUAAAAAGUGACUCUGCUAACAGUGAUGUCAUUAAUCCACUGGACCUGAUAACUGCCCUGUUUCUGUGUUCAGAUGGUUUCCUGCAGCAGGAGAUGGUCCAGAAAAUGUCCAUGUGUCAGUUUGCUGUUCCUCUGCUGCUGCCCAACUGUGACACAAAACAAAACACUUUGAUGCUGUGGGCCUUGAGGGACAUAGUGAAGAAGUUUAGCCUCUCUACCCAAACAUCCACAAAGGCUUUUGUGGAGGAGAGAAUUGUACUCUCUGAUAUUCCUAUGGUGUCCUUUGUUAGGUUAGGUGAGAUUAGAGUGUCCAAGUCUCAGAUCUUGAACAAACUGCUUAGUAACCCUCAACAGUACCAUGAUACAUUUGUUCAUCAUGAUAUGGAAUGUGGCGACAUCCCCCAUAGAAUUUCAGAUGGUCUGGUUGAAAUCAGCUGGUACCUUCCAUGUGGGAACAGAAACAUAGACAUGUUCACUAAGCCUGUGGUGGUGGCCAAUCUCAGAGGAGACAUCAGGUCCUUUGAAACACAGUUCUCCUUUCUGUGUCAAACAUCAGCUGCAGUUUACAUUUUCACUGAUGAUUUAAAGGCAUAUCUCAAUUUGUUGAAAAGCAAAAACACAAAAGCAGAGAUAUUUCUGGUCGUCAACUCUCAAAGAAAAUCUUUCAGAGUAGACACAUUAAAACAAAUGAUCACAAACUGCAGUAUCAAUGACCAAAAUGUGAUUGUCAAGAAAAAGAAAAACGAUGCAGAAUUUGUCAAAACCCUGCAAUCAUCUGUUGGUGACAUCAUUGAAAAUAGUCCAUACCGGUUGACAGUGGAAAACAUGACUGACAUAGCUCGUCACAGUGGGAUUCUGGUUGAUGAAGACUGCCAUGACUGUCAGAGUGCCAGGAAGAUGGCAGAUGAAAUCACCAGCAACAUCAGAGACACAGUCAAAUUUAAAGACAAACAGCUACCCUUACAAGGGCAAAUCUGGAAAGAGCUUUCCCAGUUGGAGAAAGAGAGAUGUAGACUGAGAAAACAAGGGGGUCAAGACAUUGAACACUACAGGAGAUCUCUGAAGGAGAAGGAGGAAGAGCUGAGAAAGAAACAAUAUACAUUUUACAUGUCAGAUGGAAUGAAAAGCUUCAUUUUAGGAUUGUCAGGUUCAGGAGCGGAGCGUUCCUAUUUCCUCAAAUGGAUGCGGAUAAAUCUGGACAAUCUGUCACGUCAGAACCUGUCUGCUUUGCGGGACCAGUACAAAGAUCUUUGCCAAAAUUCUCCUGAGAAAAAAGACGACAUUAAAGAUUUGGAUAAGCAAUUAUCUGACUGUUCCUUGGGUCUUGAACACUUCCUGCGUGAGUUGGGCCAGUUAUAUGAAGCUGCCAGCUCCCUCCCUGAAUACAGCCCUCAAAGGGAACAGAUGGAGAAUCUCCCUGGAUUGUGUGCUCAGAUGCUGUUGGAUGGUGUCCCCAUUGAGCUUGUGGAUGGAGAUGCAUCAAAUAUCACUCUGAAAUGGAUAUCAGCUGUUCUGACUCGGCUGCAUAAUCUUGUGGACUCUAACAGCAAGAUCCGGGUUGUGACAGUUUUAGGGGACCAAGGUACUGGGAAGUCCACUCUCCUCAACACCAUGUUUGGGGUCCAGUUUGCUGUCAGCAGUGGAAGAUGCACUAGAGGGGCCUUCAUGCUACUGAUUAAAGUCAACAAAGAACUCAAGGAGGAGCUGAAAUGUGACUUCAUCAUGGUGAUUGACACAGAGGGGUUGAAAUCACCAGAGUUGGCUGAACUUGAUAAACACUAUGAACAUGACAAUGAACUGGCCACACUGGUGAUAGGACUCAGUGAUGUCACUAUCAUCAACAUGUCCAUGGAGAACAACACAGAGAUGAAAGACAUCCUGCAGAUUGCUGUUCAUGCUUUUAUGAGGAUGAAGGAAGUGGGGAAGAAGCCAGUAUGUCAUUUUGUGUACCAAAACAUGUCAGACAUGUCUGCUCAUGACAACAACAUGAGAGAACGGAAGAAGUUGUUGGAACAGUUGAAUGAAAUGACCCAGGCAGCAGCCAGAAUGGAGAAGAAGGAGAAUAUCACUAAGUUCACUGAUGUGAUGGAGUAUGAUCCAGACACAAGCAGCUGGUACAUCCCAGGACUCUGGCAUGGGACUCCCCCGAUGGCUCCAGUCAAUGCUGGCUACAGUGAGGCUGUGUAUGAUUUAAAAAAGAGCUUGAUGCCAGACUUAAUCAAAUGCCAGAGUAAUGAUGACAUGACACAUUUCCUGAAGUGGACACAAAGCUUGUGGGAGUCUGUCAAAUUGGAGAAAUGAAUGGUAAGUGUCAGAAACAGCUUGGUUGCAGAUGCAUACACCAGUUAAUGCUGGUUUUAUAUCAGCAGGUUUUCUCUUGUUACGUAAGUCACUGACAGUCAGUCAUUUAGCCCAUGUCAGCAAAACAAAGAUUGCUAAAUGAGUUUAGCUGCCAGCUAUCUAAACUAUUAUGGUUGAGUUACCUGCUGGGGUCUCCUAUUGAUUUUGUCAAUCUAACGCCGAUAUUAUAUUUUAAAAAAUGUCAUUAAAAAAUGAUAUUAUAUUAAAUCAAAUGUAUUAAUAAAGCUCUUUUACAUCAGCAGAUAAUUAUACACAAACCCAGCCUAAUCCCCAAACAGCAGGAAAUGCAGAUGUAGAGUCACAGUGGCUAGAACAAACUCCCUAGAGAGGCAGGAACCUAGGAAGAAACCUAGAGAGGAACCAGGCUCUGAGGGGUGGCCAGUCCUCUUCUGUCUGUGCCGGGUAGAGAUUAUAUUCAUACUGUUGACUACUAGUUGACUUGGACUGGAGUAUGAAGACAAAUCUCAACAUUAGAAAAAAUAUAUUCAUAUAAUUUGCAUAAACAGCUGGAUUAAAAUUAAAUUAAGAUUAUGCUCAUUGGGAUGAAUUUAAUGAAACAAGGAUAUAUAUUUACAAGAGGGAAGUGUAACUAAUUAUGAAAGAAAGGUAAUUUUGUUUGUUUGAGCCUCGAUAUUGUAUAUUAUCUUUGGUUUGAUUUAGUUUUAUCUUGUAUAUCAUUCAUACAGUCUUUGAAGGACUAGCCCAGUGAUGGACUAAAAGGGUCCAUAGAUCAGUGUAGACUGUACAUACUGUGAUUGUAAAUAUUGUCCAUUAGAUUUACAUCCAUAGAGAUGUGAUUCUAUAUGUAAUGCUAUGUUUUACACCUUUACAAAAAGCCUCUGAAACAGAUACAAAAGCCUUAAACAAGUAUGUAUGUAUGUAUGUUUGUAAGCGGAUAACAUCUUAGUCCUCAUCUUAUGAAAGGAAGUUGCUUUAAGGGCUACUUUAGUUGCAUGCAUGUUAAAAUAUUCAUUUCCAUCAUGUAACAAGUUCAUUAUUCCAUUGUUUGUUUAUUUGCCUGAGAUUUGUCAAAUGUAAAGAAUGUAUACACAUCUGAUUUCAUAAAAAAAUAUCUGCAUUAUUUUACUUUAGCAAAAUGCAUAACCAAUGAUUCAUCACCUACUUAACAUCAAAUGUACAACAUUUAUCAUUGAAAUACUUUUUAUAUAUCUAAUUUAAAAAUCGCAGCAUUAUUUUAUUGUAGAAAAAUCCAUGUAUCAUAUCCUAUGAUUAUCCUAUGAUUAAUAUACUUAUCAUCAUACUAACAACAAUGUAUACCACUUAUCAUUGAAGGACUUUUUAAAUAAAAACUGUUCAUUGAGA